AAUUUAUAGAAUGAGAAUUCUUAUACAAAUAUUGCUUAAAGGCACUUCUGUUUAUUUAUCAAGUAUUAUAUGAACUUUCAACGAUAAGCAUUUAUUUUGACUCUAAUUUGAUAAACAAUGAAAAUUAUUACUCUCCCCCAUUUUCAUUGAUUUUCUUUUCCCGUGUUUAUAAUUCUAAGUACGAAUCAUGAAACCAUACUUUCGAGUUGAUGAGGAAUGAAAUUUGUUGACAACUUAGCGACCAGAGAAUUUGGGAGCACAACUAUGAUCAUUGCGUAGUGUUCCAGUGUAAUAGUUUUCUCAAUGUCAAAAUGACUCUAAUUUGUUUUAAGUUUAUUUUAGGAACUUUGGAAAAGUAUAGAAUUUACUUGGGUUUAUGAGACCAGAUGUAAUGAUUUGGUUUUGUUGCAUACGAACUAUAGUUACUUUUUCUAAUUGAAGAUAAAAUUUGAUUUAUGAAUAUGGUAUUGUUGCCUUCUCAAUAAAUCCUUAUUUGGAGAAAUUUGGCUGGUUGUGGGAUUAGCAGAGGAAACGAGCAGAUGCUGUUGUCAUGAGAAAAUGUUUUAAUCUACUUGGAAUUGAACCUGUCUACAGGAUAUAAUUCUCAACAGUUAAUUGAAUGUUUUUUAAUAUGUAGUUCUGGGCAUUUUAAGGUGUAAAGCUGUGUCCUUGCAAAAAAGAGGUGUUUGGUAGUCCAUUAAGAAGCAGCAUCAUAUACAUGCUUAAUAUUAUAUAUUGCUGUUAUAUGAUAUAUAUGUUUUCACGUCAGUACUUCUAAAAAAGAUGGAAUCUAUAUUUAGUCGUGGACUAUAUUUUUGAAUCAUAGAGGGUGUAUGCUUAGAAGAAUAUUAGUAAAUGUCGGAUCUAUUUAUUAGACAAUGGCAAAGGACUGUUAUGUUAAUGCUCCAGGUGAUACAAACAGGAAGCUCCGGGUUUGGAAUCACAAACUUAUACAUUAUCAAAAUAAACAUGAACAACAAGUAUAUAACAUAAUUGUGAAUAGAAAAUCAAGUGGAAUAAUUCUAAAUGCUAGUAAAUAAACGCGCGCGCGCGCGCGCACACACACACACACAUAUAUAUAUUAAUGAUAUAUAUAGUAUAUAACAGUAGCAGAGGAUGUCUUAUUCUGCCUCUAGAAACCCUGACAGGGAUCUAGAUCCAAUUGACUUGCUUCCUUCGCGAAAACAUGAACAACAAGGCAACACCAUAUAUAAAAUAUGUGUCUCGUGGUCUCUCUUACAUUAUUAGAGUCCCAUUUGACUGAUUCUUUUGUAGAGAUCACAUAAUUGUGAAUAGACAAUGUGUUCCUUUCAAUUAUAAGAAGAAAAAAAAUGAACUUGAAAAUUAAUUUCCUUUGGCAAUUCCAAUAAUAUAUAUAAAGAUUCUGGUUGCCACUGUUUGGAUUGGUAGUUUAUCAUUAUACUGUCUGUAUAAUCAUCGAUCUCUUUUUUUUUUUUUUUUUUUUUCCCCUGAAAUUCAAGCAAAUAAAAAAAUAUAGGGGUGUAUAAUCAUCUUUGUUAUAUACUUGAAAGGUACAUACAUGUAUAUAAUGAAUGUAUAUCCUUAUAAUUUUUUUAUAUGUAUUAAAUAUAUUUUUAACAAUACAAGUAUGCUUCAUGAACCUACUAAUCCUUAUUUUAAGGUUACAUUUCUAUUAUCUAUUGAAAAUGAUAUAUAAGAAAAAGUUGUAUGUAAAUGUACUGUUUUAUGUUAGAGGUCAAGAAAUACGCCUCUUGAUUCUUGAAUAUGGACCUAAAUUUUUUGAAUUUAAUGAAAUGUCGAGGUAAGUGCCGAUGUUGAACACCUCUAUCCUUUUAGUUUCAAAUAAGUUGUUCAGAAUGUUCAAUGCAUUUUUCUGUAUCGCCUUUGCACUUCUCACUUGUGUUGAAAGGUCUAACAGCAAGCCACCUUAUUUCUUGCCUAGGCUGGAAAUUUUCGCUCUAAAUAAUUAAAGUACAUGUUAUAUACAUAGUACACACACACACACACACACACACACACACACAUAAAGAGAGUGUAUGUAUGGACCAUAUCCCAUGUGGGGGUGAUCAGCAUCCUCCGUGUUCCAUUACAUAGAAGAUUCUGAGAUUGGGUGUGAAAACAGUAGUUUCAAGGUUGAAAGUACUUAUCUCCACAUCUGCACUUCCAAGAGAGAAGAUAGUAGUUCUCAUCUUGUAUAGCUGCUUGUUUCCUGGAAUUAUAUUUGGUGUGGGGAUGAGUAACUAAAGCAGCUAUGCAAGGUCUGCAACCAAGGCACCUUUUCAUACACUGAGGGGACCUUGAACCCAACACACCUUUCAUUUGCCUCAUACCCACAAUCUCCUCUAGGCUCUAAAUACAAGUAUGCUUCAUGAUAGACAAGGUCUAAUUUUGGCCUCUACUAAUCCCAACAUCUAGAUAUAUUUUAAGGUUACAUUUCUAUUAUUUUUUUAACCAAUUUUUUUGCAUUCAACUUUUUCUUAUAUAUCAUUUUCAAUAUAUAAUAUAGCCAAUUUAUUCAAUUUUCUUGCUGUUGUAUUGUGUUGCAUUUUAAUGAAAAACAAUAUUUUUUUUCUAAUAAUCAAUAUCCAAAUGUGCAUAUGGGUGUUUGGGCAUAUGUAAAUAAUUACUUGGUCAGAUUACAAAACUUGGUGGGAGAUGCCUAAACGGCUGAAGGAGGAUAUGUGGAACGUUGUAAAGGGAAAGUAUGAUGUGGGAAUCCUGUCAAAACAUUGGACAAUAUCCUUCAUCGGAAAAAAAUGGAGGGGCUACAAGUGUGAAUUAAAAAGUGAAUAUUACUCGGUUAGGGAUACAGAUGCAGAAAGAUUGGCAAACCCACCACCUGAUGUUGAAAAUGAGCAUUGGGAAUUUUUAGUUAGGCAUUGGGGUACACCUAUUGCGAAGGAGGUCAGUAAAAAAAACAAAGAACGUCGUGGGAAGCAGACAAUGAUGCAUACUACAGGGACAAAAAGCUUUGCACGUGUUUCUGCCGAGAUUGAGGAAGAUGAAGGUAUUCAGCUUUCUCGUGCAGAUUUAUUCAUUCGCACACAUGUAAAUAAGGAUGGCAAAGCUACUGAUGCUGUUGCUUCGGAGAUGAUUGAAAACAUAAAAGAACUUCAAAAAAGUUACUCUGACUCGCCUAUUGGCAGUUCCAAUGAUUUGUUCUCCAUUGUGAGGGGAGAAGAGAGAACUGGUCGUGUGCGGAUGCUUGGCUUCGGGCCUACACCAAGCGAUGUUUGGGGCCCUCUCCUAGUAAAGCUGAACUGAUUAAUAAUGCAAAAAAAUCUGAUGAGGAGGCACGUGCUGUACGCGUAGAGUUGCACGAGACCAUUUCAAAAAUGUAAGCCAACUAUGACAACAAGUUGGAAAAUUUACGAGCCAACUAUGAUGACAAGUUGAAAAAUUUACAACAACAGGUGGCUAUCCUAAUGCAGAUGUAACAACAAAAUUGUAGUGGACAUGUAUAUUUAUUAUUAGUUUUAUUCUUUACUAAAUAUAUGUUUACUUGUGCCAAGAUUUUAUGUAUUUUGUUUUCUUAUUUUGAAGGGUUCUGAUUCGUUAAAUGCUCCUCCUAGAGUAUCCCCAAAUUCAUUAUCUAGUCGUGAUGCCAAUUCAGUUAAGGUUAUGAAAUUUUAAUUUCUCUUAUAUAUAUGUUAAAUUUUCAUUUAUUAUAAUGUGUGCGUAAUGAAUUUAUAAAAAAUGUAGGGUAAUUCAAAUCAAAUGGGCAAGAAGACUUGUUGAAGUUGAAGACAGGGUUGUGUUUGUGUUUUUUGAAUUUCCUUCGCCUUGGAUGGGUUCUUUUUGAAAAACUUGUACUACAUUUGUCAAAAAUUGUUAAUUAUUUUUGUCUGACAUUUAGUAGCUUUAUUUAGACAAUUUGGAUGGUAUAUUGGCAGGUUAACUUGUGGUUGUAUUAGUAUACAUUUUUGCUUUUUGGUUGACAUUUACCAGCUUAACUUGUGGUUGUAUUAGCAGCAAAUUUUGAUGGUAA